ACAAGAAGCCCGAAGCCGUGCCAGAGCCCGCAGCCCAAUUUGAGUGACCAAACAGAACACCUUUCUGAAGCAUCUGCUGAUUCCUUGGAAGCCAUGUCCGAGGGCGAUUCGCCGACCCCCUUCUCGAGGGGCAGCCGCACGCGGGCCAGUCUUCCUGUGGUGCGGUCAGCAAACCAAACAAAGGAAAGAUCACUGGGUGUUUUAUAUCUUCAGUACGGAGAUGAAACAAAGCAGCUGAGGAUGCCGAAUGAAAUCACAAGCACAGACACAAUUCGUGCCCUUUUUGUAAGUGCCUUCCCUCAGCAGCUGACGAUGAAAAUGCUGGAAUCACCCAGUGUGGCCAUUUACAUCAAGGAUGAGAGCAGAAACAUAUACUAUGAAUUGUGUGAUGUGAGGAAUAUUCAAGACCGGUCUUUCCUUAAAGUUUACAACAAAGAUCCUGCACAUGCAUUUAAUCACACUUCCAGAGCUAUAAAUGGAGAUUUAAGGAUGCAGAGGGAAAUUGCUUACACGGGCCGAGAUGGCCCAAGUGCUUCUCGUCCUGGAUCUGCCGCACACCCUCCCCACGCGAUGCCCAGCUCUCCGCCCUCCACCCCGGUGCCCCACUCCAUGCCUCCCUCUCCAUCCAGGAUUCCCUACGGUGGGGGCCGGCCCGUGGGUGUGCCAGGCAAUGCCACCAUCCCCAGGGACCGGCUCUCCAGCAUGCCGGCCUCGCGCUCGAUGUCGCCCAGCCCAAGCGCCAUUCUGGAGAGACGAGACGUGAAGCCAGAUGAAGACAUGAGUAACAAAAACCUUACCCUGAUCCGAAAUGAAGGUCUGUACGGUGACCCCUACUUGUUUCAUGAGGGGAGGAUGAGUGUGGCCGCACCCCACUCUGGACACCCCCUCGAUGUCCCCGAUCACAUUGUGGCCUACCAUCGCGGUGCCGUGAGGUCAUCAAGCACUUACUGCAACCCCUCUAUGCAGCCUGAAAUGCUGGAGCAGUCCUUGUACAGACAAAAGUCACGAAAGUACCCGGAGAGCCAUUUGCCCACUCUUGGCUCUAAAACACCUCCCGCCUCACCCCACAGGGUGCCUGACGUGAGAAUGAUCGACAUUCAUCCUCACCAUAGCGCUCACAUUCCCUCCCACACCAUCCAGCCUGACAGGUCUUCCCCCAGCCGCCAGUCCUUCAAAAAGGAGCCAGGACAGCCUAUGUUUGUGGACGCCAAAGCACGGAGUGCCCUCGGCCUCUCGGGAAUGGCUGAGGUGGUGCCCUCUCCAGUCGACAAGCAGGCUUUUGGCUAUGGGUCGCCUGUGAUACCCAAGGACAAGGAGACAAGAGAGAGGAUACAAGCCAUGGAGAAACAGAUUGCCAGUUUAACUGGUCUUGUUCAGUCUGCGCUUUUUAAAGGGCCAAAUACAAGUAAUAGCAAAGAUGCCUCUAGUGAGAAGAUGAUGUUGAAAAUUGUGUCCAGCAAGAGCAGCAUAGACACUGCAG